CUCGCGUCUGACUUUUUUUCUUCUCGUUUUCUUUUUCCAUCCGUUGUCUGGCGGCAGGCGUCCAACCAGAAGCUGUGUCGUUUCUCCGCUGGCCUGUGUGCGCUUGAUACACUUACCGCCUGAUCCGGCCCGUAGGACUCGGUCAGUUUGCUGUCCUGUCAAAGCAGAGCAAGCAACUCUGACCUCGACCGAGACCGCUUUCUGACAUCACUGCCUCGGCCCGGACACACAGGCUUUGUUUUCAUCUUGAGUGACGGGCGCUUCUACACUGUUGCUGAUAGUAUCCACGCUUCCAUUUCGUCCAUAAGAACACCAUCCCCGACUUCAUCUGCUCCCUGCCUAGAGGAUUUGACAAGCCACCCUCCCAGGCUUGUUUUUUUUUAUCCCACCAUGGCGUCCAACGACAAGGUCGCCCUCGGCGCGCAGGCCGUGGCGGGCUCUGCCACCGAGUUGAUUGGCAACACGCCGCUUGUUCGGCUCAACAAGAUCCCACAGUCGCUGGGCAUCAAGGCCCAGGUCUUUGCCAAGGUCGAGCUCUUUAAUGCCGGCGGCAGUGUCAAGGACCGGAUAGCACUCCGCAUGAUUGAGGAGGCCGAGAAGGAGGGCAGGAUCAAGCCUGGAGACACGCUGAUUGAGCCCACGAGCGGAAACACCGGCAUCGGCCUGGCCCUGGUCGGCGCCGUCAAGGGCUACAAGACCAUCAUCACGCUCCCGGAGAAGAUGUCGGCCGAGAAGGUGUCGGUGCUCAAGGCCCUCGGCGCCACCAUCAUCCGCACGCCGACGCAGGCGGCCUGGGACGCGCCCGAGUCGCACAUUGGCGUCGCGCGGCGGCUGCAGAAGGAGAUACCCAACUCGCACAUCCUCGACCAGUACACGAACCCCAACAACCCGCUGGCGCACGAGUUCGGCACCGCCGAGGAGAUCUGGGCCCAGACGGGCGGCCGCGUCACCGCCGUGGUCGCCGGCGCCGGCACGGGCGGCACCAUCUCGGGCCUGGCCAAGGGCAUGCGCAAGCACUCGGCCGCCGUCAAGAUCGUGGCGGCCGACCCCGUCGGCAGCAUCCUGGCCCUGCCCGAGGGCCUCAACGACGAGGGCGCCAACAAGCCGUACAAGGUCGAGGGCAUCGGCUACGACUUCAUCCCCGACGUGCUCGACCGCGAGAUAGUCGACAAGUGGUACAAGACCGAGGACCGCGAGUCCUUCAUGUACGCGCGCCGCCUCAUCGCAGAGGAGGGCCUGCUGGUCGGCGGCUCGUCCGGGUCCGCCAUGGCCGCCAUGGUGCGCGCGUGCAAGGACCUGGACCUCGGCCCGGACGACGUGGUGGUGGUGAUCCUGCCCGACAGCAUCCGCAGCUACCUGUCCAAGUUUGCCGACGACGACUGGCUGGCCGCCAACGACCUCUUGCCUCCCGCCCCGGAGAGCAACGGCGGCGGCGGCGGCGGCGGCGGCGUCGACGCCGCUGCCGCUGAGACCGCCAAGGCCACCGCCGCCGCCCGCAACCGCCGGCCCAGCAACCCCUACGGCGGGGUGACGGUGCGCGCGCUGCGGCUCAAGCCCGUGACGUCGGUGCUGGCCGACAGCCCGUGCGCCGACGCCAUCGAGACGAUGCGCGACAAGGGCUUCGACCAGCUGCCCGUGCUGUCCCCCGGCGGCGGCAGCCGCCUCGUCGGUAUCGUGACGCUCGGCAACAUGCUCAGCUACGUGUCGCGCGGCCGCGUGCGCACCGACAGCCCCGUCAGCGACGUCAUGUUCGACUUUGGCCGCCUGGACGAGGUCGUGACGGACCCGCGCGGGCACGGCCUCGCCUCGGCCGACGCCAAGGGGCGCCGCCGCAAGUUUGUCGAGAUCACCAUGGACACGCCGCUCGACGCGCUCAGCAAGUUCCUCGAGUGGAACAGCGCCGCCGUCGUGACGGAGCCGAGUGCCGACAAGAGCCACGGCCUGGCCAAGCCGCUCGCCGUCGUCACAAAGGUCGACCUGCUGACGUACAUGAUGAAGGGACUCAAGACCUAGGAGCAUCUUGACAUCCAGAUCCGGCACAUGGGAUUCCAACUCUCGAUCCAGGAGCAGUGGAGCUCCGUGAUGAAACUUGGGUUUAUCCGGGGCAAUUUCUUUGCGGGAUGACUGCUUUAGACUCUGUUGCUUUUUUUUUUCUCUUCUUCUCUUUCUUUCGCGCGGAGCAUAUAAGCGGGAUGCACACAUUGUCAACACGUGUUUCAUUCCAGCGAGGGAUCAUGGACGGCGCAGAAAGGCGAGGCUUGUUAUUUCAUAGAUGUUAGAUACAGUGGUUCUCUGUUGGCGAGACUCAACGUCUACAGCUUCCCAUUGGAAAUGGGAGAGCGGCCAGCAAACUCCAGGAAUAGAUAAAGAUGUCCCUUUCAGUCAUACGAUAGUGUGUGGGGGGUGCCUUUCGACAUCUCGAUGCUGUCCUCGCCCUGGACGCCAUCUCAAGCCACACAAGUGUCGGAUAAGCGGUAUACAAACUGCUUGCUUGGUAAAAGUCCCCUGCAGGACAGAGGCG